AAAAUACCUGCUUUUUAGCCGUAGUGAGGGUCAGUCAGAAGACAAGACCUUACCUGUGCUAGUAUUCUAUGCUAUGCGCCGGUCUGCAAGGGUGUAUGGGGCGCUGAUCCGCUGUCGAGCUUGUGAUGAUGUCGCGGUGCAGCGGAGGCGGGGCGAGAGUGCUCGUUCGUCUAGGACAACGCCGUUCUCUACCGCGAUCGGUCUAGGCCGUCUACUAUCACAGCGCAGGUGCUCACACGAGCUCUCGACCAGGCCGUGUUGCGAGAUUGGUGACACCCCAAAUGACGCUCGGCGAGCUUUAGCGUUCCCUACUUUCUCUCACAAAACUUUUGACAAGCAUGCAUGAUCUCACCAAGGCUCAGUCAAAGAUGAUCUUCUUCGCUGUACCCUUGAUGUCAUCUCUGAAAUGAGCACCGUAAGCAGAAUGCUCUUUCUUCUUGAUCGUGCCGCCAAAGGCCGUCAGCGCCUCGGGCACCUCUUGCUUGGCGUCUUUGAGCACACGUGUCAACUCGCCCGCGUGCGCCUUGUCGUGGUCGCCAACGAAGAAGGUGAUGCUCUGAUGUCUCUCAUCAGGUCUGUCUAUCGGCAUGCGAAGAAA